AUGGCAACUUCUCAAACAUCUUUACCCAAAUAUUUACAAGACCUAGAAGGCGUAAAUGAAGUGUAUAGGAAAUUUUUCUCAGUCCUUCCAAAAGAAAAAGGAUGGAUGGGAACAUAUAUGUACAACUAUCAAGAUUUUUGGGCAUCAGCAAGAACAAUCCAAGGUGUGAUUGCAUGUCAACAACAAUUUCAAGCUCAAGACAGUGAUAUCAUCCUUGUUACAUCUCCUAAAGCAGGAACCACUUGGUUAAAAUCACUUUUAUUUGUGUUAGUAAAUCGAAAGAAACACCCUGUUUUUGAACAAAAUCACCCUUUACUUGUCAAGAACCCACAUGAUCUUAUUCCAUUUUUGGAACUUACACUCUAUGCGGAUGGUCAAGUUCCUAAUCUUUCAUCGUUCACUUCACCUAGACUCUUGUCAACUCAUGUUCCCUUUGCUUCCUUGCCAAAAUCUGUCCUAGAUUCAAGAACCAAACUUGUUUAUUUAUGUAGGAAUCCUAGGGACAUUUUUAUCUCUAUGUGGCAUUUUACAAACAAGUUAAGACUUCAUCAUAUAGAUACCAAUUCCAUGGAAGAAAUGUUUGAUCUCUUUUGUAAGGGGGUAAGCCCUUAUGGUCCGUUUUGGAAUCACGUGUUGGAAUAUUGGAAACAAAGCAUAGAAAAACCUAACAAAGUACUUUUCUUGAUGUAUGAAGAAAUUAAAGCGCAACCCAAACUUCUGCUCAAAUGCUUGGCUGAAUUCUUGGAAUGUCCAUUUUCCAUAGAGGAAGAAAAUCUUGGAGUGGUGGAUGAAAUAUUAAGAAUGUGUAGCUUUGAGAGUUUGAGCAAUUUAGAGGUGAAUACAAGUGGAAAAUUGUCAACUGGAGCGGAAAAUAAAGUGUUCUUUCGUAAAGGAGAAGUUGGAGAUUGGAAGAAUUAUUUUACUACAGAGAUGAAUGAGAAACUCAAUCAUGUUAUUGAACAAAAGUUUCAAGGAUCUGGAUUAAGGUUUUUGUACAUUUGAUUAGGCAUUAAUAUGCUAUAUUUCUAUUGAAUGCGGUUGUUUAUUUUGAAAAAAUCAAUGUUGGGUUUGUGUUUGAGAGUUACGUAACAAGGACAAACUACAAAAAAGUUCAACUGUAGUACUGGUAUUAUUUUAAAUGUAACUCAAAUUGUUGAAAAAUAUAUAAUAAAUUCAUAUUCUUUA